UCCUGCAGAUUCCGCGUAUCAAGUUCUCUCGAUCCUUACUUCUCAUGGAUUCCGCGUAAACCAGUUCGAAGCGGAGUCGGACUCGGACCCGUUCUGGAUCUAUAUUAACUGAACAAACCCCACCGCCCACCGCGUAUCCCCUCUUCCAUUUGGUCCUGAACUCCUGAUCGAUCGAUAGUCACCUUUCAAUUCUCCAUGGCGGCGGUGCAAGUGCAACAACGCCUUCCCCUUCCGCUCGCCUCCCCUCAGCAGCUGCGCCGCAGCAACAACACGCCGGUGGCGGUGGUCUGCCGCUACUGGAAGUCCGGCCACUGCAGCCGGAACCCCUGCCGCUUCCUCCACGCGGACGCGCCAAUGGCGCCCUACCCGUCUCCGAUCGUCAAGAAGCGCAACAACACCUGGGUCAACACAUCUUCCCGCGUCGCCCCGAAUCCCAAUGCCGACGCCACGACCACGGUUCCUCCGGCCACGCAGCAUCACGCCGAGCCCGAGCCCGAGCAGCAGCCGCCUCCCAAGCGCGCGCGCCAAGCGGAAGAAUCCUCCGGCGCCCACUCCUGGUGCGUCGGCGACGGCAUCCGCGGCAUCGCGAGGCUUCAGGGCCACGCCAGGGCUGUCACCGGCGUCGCCGUGCCAGAAGCUUCGGCGGGGUCCGGCAGGCAACUGCUGUACUCCGGCAGCCUGGACGGCAUGGUGCGCGCCUGGGAUUGCAACACCGGGUGGUGCAUCCGCGUCGCACCGGCUCACGAAGGGGCGCCGCCCGUAGGCCGCCUGGUCGCCAUGGGCCCAUGGGUGCUCGCCGGGGUUGGCGCCGUGAUCAGCGCGCUCCACACGGGGACCGGCAAGGUGGUCCAACUGCGGCUCGGGCCCACCGCGCAGGCCGUCAAUGCCAUGCUUGCCGAGGACGAUGACGAAGACGGCAAACGGCUUUUCGCCGGCGGGGACGACGGGGCCAUCUACAUCUGGAGGCUGGACCGCGAGCGCCAAACCUUCGACGAGAUCGCCGCUCUCACGGUCCCUGGACUGCACGCCAGCGUUUCGUCUCUGGCGCAGGGGAAAGGCGCGCUCUACGCUAGCCACGAGGACGGGGCCAUCAGGGCCUGGGACCUCGAGACCCGCCGGUGCAUCUGCAGCUUCGCGGCCCACGAUUCCAAGGUCACGGCUUUGCUCUGCUGGGACAUGUUCCUGCUGUCCUCGUCCCACGACGGCACCGUCAAGGCCUGGCGGUCACCGUCGUCGAAGCCGGACCGCGAAGGCGGCGAUGACGGCCUGGAGGAGCUCGAGGAGCAUUGCACGCACAAGGAAGAAGGCGGCGAGCGGGUGGUCGCCAUGGAUGGCACGUAUGACGCGGACAAGAAGCCCGUCCUGCUCGUCUCGCGCUGCGAUGGCGUUGUCGUCGUCUACGGGCUCCCGUCUUUCGAGAAGAGAGGGCAGAUCCUCUGCAAUGGAGAGGCCGGGGCGAUAUCGGUGAGGACCCCCGGUGUGGUCUUCAUCGGAGACCAGUCCGGCGAGGUCAGGGUGGCCAAGUGGACGACGGCUGCUGCAGCUGAAGCCCAAGUUUAGCUAGCUGUUACGAAGCACGAAUGUAUCGUCAUUACAUCAGAUUUGCAGGACUAA